CGCCAAAACAGUAUCAUCUUCCUCUUUUUCCCGCUAAAAUCGAGCGGUAGGGUUUGGGGAAACCGAUAGAGCGUUCUCUUUCUUUGCGGCAAUUGCCAAUUGCUGUCGUCUCUCUCAAUCUCCCUGCCUGAAAGUUUGAAUCGCAGCAAAGAAAGAGAGAGAUGGAGAUCGGAGCUCAGGAUUAUGCCGAUCGCAAGAAAGAUAUCAGCCAGUUCUUAUCCCAAGAUAUUUACCAAGCCGAGAUCAGGGAGAUGAUAGAACGGAAGCGCCGCCGCCUCAUUGUCGACAUCUCUGAUCUCCACUCCUUCAACAACCUGGCUCCCAAGAUACUCAGGAAUCCAAGUGAGUACAUGCAACCAUUCUGUGAUGCGGUAACAGAAGCUGCACGGAGUAUUGACCCUAUGUACUUGAAGGAAGGAGAACAUGUUCUUGUGGGCUUUAAAGGUCCUUUUGUUUCUCGUCGGGUCACGCCAAGAGAGCUUCUCUCAGAGUUCAUUGGAUCCAUGGUCUGCGUAGAGGGCAUUGUCACCAAAUGUUCUUUGGUAAGGCCGAAGGUUGUCAAAAGUGUGCACUACUGUCCUGAUAAUGGAAACUUCACUACUCGUGAGUACAGAGAUAUUACUUCCAACAAUGGUUUGCCCACUGGGUCUGUGUAUCCUACAAGGGAUGAAAAUGGCCACUUGUUGGUGACUGAGUAUGGACUGUGCCAAUAUAAAGAUCAUCAGACCUUAUCCAUUCAGGAAGUGCCUGAAAAUGCUGCUCCUGGUCAGCUUCCGCGGACUGUGGAUGUGAUUGUUGAGGAUGACCUGGUUGAUUCAUGCAAGCCUGGAGACCGUGUUGCUAUUGUAGGUAUAUACAAAGCUCUUCCUGGAAAGAGCAAGGGUAGUGUAAAUGGAGUAUUCAGGACUGUUCUUAUAGCUAAUAAUGUAUCACUGCUCAACAAAGAGGCGAAUGCCCCAAUCUACAGCACUGAAGAUGUGAAAAAGAUUAGAGAGAUAGCAGGGAGAGAAGAUGCAUUUGACAUACUUGGUAAUUCUCUUGCACCUUCUAUAUAUGGGCACUCAUGGAUAAAGAAGGCUGUUGUCUUACUGAUGCUUGGAGGAGUGGAAAAGAAUUUGAAGAAUGGCACUCACUUGCGAGGGGACAUAAACAUGAUGAUGGUUGGUGAUCCUUCAGUUGCCAAGUCACAACUUUUAAGAGCAAUUAUGAAUAUUGCUCCAUUGGCUAUAUCAACCACUGGUCGAGGUUCUUCUGGCGUUGGCCUGACAGCUGCUGUCACUUCUGAUCAAGAAACAGGAGAAAGAAGACUGGAAGCUGGUGCAAUGGUUCUUGCAGAUCGAGGUGUUGUUUGCAUUGAUGAAUUUGACAAAAUGAAUGAUCAAGAUCGUGUUGCUAUACAUGAGGUUAUGGAGCAGCAAACUGUAACUAUUGCUAAAGCUGGCAUCCAUGCAUCAUUAAAUGCUCGGUGCAGUGUGGUUGCUGCUGCAAAUCCAAUAUAUGGAACUUAUGAUCGUUCAUUGACUCCAACAAAGAAUAUUGGACUUCCAGACUCGUUGUUGUCUCGUUUUGAUUUACUGUUUAUCGUGUUGGAUCAAAUGGAUACUGAUAUUGAUCGUCAAAUAUCAGCUCAUGUCUUGCGCAUGCACCAAUAUCGUUCUGCUAUUGAUGGAGGCCAGACGGCAGUUGAUGGCAAUUCAAGAUAUGGAAGGGAAGAUGAAGCUGAUGCUGACUCAUCUAUCUGGGUUAAGCAUAACCGCAUUCUUCAUGGAAGGAAAAGGGAUAGGGGUCCAAAGCGUGAUACUCUUACCAUCAAGUUUCUUAAAAAGUACAUCCAUUAUGCAAAGCACAGAUUUCAGCCUGAACUGACAGAUGAGGCUUCUGAACACAUUGCAACAGCUUAUGCAGAGCUCAGAAAUGCCAGUUCGAACACAAAGACUGGAGGAACACUUCCAAUCACAGCUAGGACCUUAGAAACUAUAAUACGUCUCUCAACUGCUCAUGCAAAACUGAAGCUGAGUCCAAAGGUUAAUAAAACUGAUGUUGAAGCUGCUCUGAAAGUUCUAAAUUUUGCUAUAUAUCACAAAGAGUUGACAGAGAUGGAGGAGCGUGAACAAGAAAGACAGAGAGAAGAGGGAAGGAAACGCAGAGCUGACCAUCAGAGCUCAAGGACAGAAGCUAUGGAUGUAGAUGAGCCUCCAGCGCCGCAACCAUCUGCCACCGACCCUCUUGAGAGAUUAGAAGCAUUUAAAGCUACAUUUGGUCAGCAUAUGCGUGCAAACCAUAAGGAUGCCAUAUCCAUUUCAGAAGUGGAAGAGGUAGUCAAUGCUGGAGCAGAUGCUCCUUACACAAGGGCAGAGAUUAUGUUACUCUUAAAGAAACUUGAAGAUGAAAACAUAUUGAUGAUAGCUGGGGAAACAGUGCACAUGAUAGUAUGAGAUGAAAUAGAAGAGCAAGGCUACAAGGCUUGGAGUUGCUUUUGGUCCUGCAUAUACAAUUUUUGAUGAAUUUUCAUUUACCAGGAGUCUUGUUAGGAUGUUAGCAGUAACUUUAAUUACUUUGUAUUUCUAAUAUUAUGUUCUAUGUAUUGAUAAAGGAAUCAUUCAUUCUCAUUCAUUUUGCAAAUCAAUCUCAUUUUAUGAG